UAAUGGAAACAGUAAAUCAAACCUCCGGCUUUUUUCUGAUGGGCUUCUCAGAUUUUCGCUACAAUCACGCUGCCUUCUUCUCCGCCAUUCUGGUCAUAUACGCCCUCACAUGGACUUCUAACUUACUUUUACUAAGUUCUAUUAAACUUUCUCCGCAGUUGCACACGCCAAUGUACUUUUUCUUAGGGAACCUGUCUGCGGUGGACAUCACUUUCUCUACAGUGACCGUUCCCAAGCUUCUUUCCUGCAUUCUUCAUGGAGGAGCCUCCAUCUCCUUCCUUGGCUGUUUCCUGCAGAUGUUCUUCUUCCUGUUUUUGGGCACCACUGAGAGUUUUCUUCUGUCAGCCAUGGCAUUUGAUCGGUAUUUGGCUAUUUGCAACCCCUUACGCUAUACCUUAUUAAUGAGCGAUAAGGUCAUGGUCACGAUGACUAGUAUCUGUUGGCUUGCAGCUUCUCUACAUUCAUUAUUGCACACUUAUAUUCUCUCACAUUUGACGUACUGUGAGAACAGACUGAUCCCCCACUUCUUCUGUGACGUGACCCCCCUCAUCAAGCUGUCUUGCUCCAGUACUUCACUAGCUGAGCUCCUCAUAUACACCGAAGGUUCUUUGGCUGGUAACAUUCCAUUCCUUUUUAUCCUCAUCUCCUAUGUCCUCAUUACACGGGCUAUAUUGAAAAUGGAAACUAAAAGCAGCCGAAGCAAAGCCUUUUCCUCCUGUACUUCUCAUCUCAUCGUCAUUUGUCUGUUUUAUGGCACCGACAUUUUCAUUUACUUCCGUCCUCCCUCAGACUACUCCUCCCAGUACGAUCGUAUUGUUAGCAUGGCUUACACCAUCAUCACACCCAUGCUGAAUCCUUUUAUAUACAGCCUAAGGAACCGAGAUGUGAGAAAUAGUCUGAAAAAAAUUAUAAAUAAAAACAUUUCUGACACCUAAACAAAUAAAGUCUUCUGCUGAGGCCUUCGGGUACUAAGAUGAAUUUGUGAACACAUCGGGCUCAAUUCACAAAGCCAUAAGGCGU